AUGGCUCCAUGGCUGUCCUGGACCCUGAUGCAAAAGAAUGGCAGCUGGCUGCUGUCUUGCCCUAACUCCUUCUCCCGAGUCUGCUCCAGGUGGUUGGGAAACCCGUCCUCUGCGCCGGGGCCCCUCUCUGCAUUCCAAAACAAGCCUCGACCAUUGGAGGACCUCCCCCAUAUCAGCUUGUUUGAGAUGAUCUACAGAAUAGUGUUUCAGGGCUUCUACAACCGUUUACAUGAGCUACAGAUAUAUAACAAGCAGCGAUAUGGGCCCAUAUACAGAGAUGGACAAAAGACAGUGUCAGUGAACACUCCGAAGCUGCUGGAGGAAGUGCUGAGGAACGAUGAGAAGUUCCCUAGCCGAGGAGACUUGUCCGUGUGGAAAGAGUAUCGUGAUAUGAGAGGAUUCGGCUAUGGGCCUUUCACAGAGGAGGGGGAGAAGUGGUACAACCUGAGGGUGACGCUGAACAAGCGCAUGCUGCAUCCGAAGGACUCUGCACAGUAUUGUGAUGCUAUCAAUGACGUGGUUACAGACUACAUCAAGAGGAUCUACUACCUGCGUCAGUGCAGCCCAAAAGAAGAUUUGGUGUUCGACAUAGCCAACGAGUUCUAUCGUUUCUCACUAGAGGCCAUUGCUUCCAUACUCUUUGAGACAAGGCUUGGGUGUCUGGAAAAGGAAAUCCCUGUUGGUACACAAGAAUUCAUCCAAGCCAUAGCCCAGAUGUUUCAAAACAACAUGGCUGCGUUUAUGAUGCCCAAGUGGAGCCGCAGUCUACUACCCUACUGGAGGAACUACAUUGAAGGCUGGGAGGGCAUCUUCAGCUUUGGAAAACAGUUGAUUGACAAGAAGUUGGAGGUCAUUCAGCAGCGUGUGGACAGCAACCAGGAAAUGGAGGGCGAAUACCUUACAUACCUUCUCUCAAACACUCAGAUGAGCACUAAAGAUGUUUAUGGCAGCAUCACUGAACUUCUUUUAGCUGGAAUGGACACGACCUCCAAUACCCUCACAUGGACUUUGCACCUGCUGUCCAAGAACCCUCAAAGCCAGGCUCGACUUUACAGAGAAGUGUCCACACUCGUGCCAGCUGACCGGAUCCCCUCUGCUGCGGAGGUCACUCGGAUGCCGUAUUUAAAGGCUGUUAUCAAGGAAGCACUGAGGAUGUACCCUGUGGUUCCUAUGAACGCAAGGAUCAUGACAGAAAACAAUGUUGCUAUUGGUGGAUUUACAUUCCCAAAGAAAACAGUUUUCACGCUUUGUCACUAUGCCAUCAGUCAUGAUAAGGAGGCAUUCCCAGAGCCGUUUAAAUUUAAACCGGACAGAUGGCUCCGUGACGGCCGCAAGAGGCCAAACCCCUUUGCCUCUAUCCCUUUUGGCUUCGGAGUGAGAGGCUGUGUCGGUCGCCGGAUUGCUGAGCUUGAGAUGUAUCUGGUUCUGUUUCGGAUAAUCAGGCACUUUGAAAUCAAACCAGACCUCACGAUGGAAGAGUUGAAAUGCAUCAACCGCACUGUCCUGGUACCAGACCAAAAACUUAACCUCCACUUUGUGGACAGAGGAUGUGAAAAUGCAGCUUAAUUUGCUUUUCCAGAUUAGUUUGAAUGCAAAUGUUGCAUUUGCAUGAAAAACUUGAUUAUACUUUUAAGAAUGUUUGAUGCAUUAAGAGAGGAACACAGGUUUUAAACCUUUGCAACAACAAAUGCAAGUACAUAUAAAAUGCACAUUUUUAACCUUCUUUAAAAAAAGCUCUAUAUCAUUGUCAAAAAAAAUCACAAAGUUACUUGUUAUUCAAAGCAACUGCAGUUCUGGAGUAUUCGCAGUGUCAUAAACAUAAGUUGUAAGUUGACAAGUGGUCAGUGUCCACACAGACAAGACCCUGCAGGAUGCAUUAAAGUACAUCAUGCUUUUCUAUGAAAGAGAUGAGAAAGAAUUAAAAACAAAACAACAAAGAGUUAAUAUGAGCGAUUACAUGGAUUUCCCGGGAACUUACUUUUUAGAAAAAACUUUGUAGUUCAACAAGGUGGGUGAAGAGUUAUCGUCUGAGAUUCAUACUUGUAAUAAAGAGUAAAUUUAUAUUUUGUAAUAGUAAUUUGCUGUUUCCUUCUCGUCUUGAACCUGGCUCACUUAAAAUUUGCACUGCAUGGUUGAAUAAUUAUUCAUAAUGUAGAAAGACAAACAGAAUGUACAGCCUGA